AUGGUGUCUAUUAAUCAACUUCUCAUAGGAAUAUUUUUUUUUUUUUUUAAAAAAAAUAUGCAAUCUCAGACACGGAACGCUUUAUUCAGGCCAAGGUCGUCCAACAAGCCGGUAAGGCCAAGGCUACACAAAGUGUGGACUGUCUCGGCUAUUUCGCUAAGAUGA